AAUUUUUUUUUAACUUUUUUCUAUAAGUACACUAUUAAAAACAUAAUAUUUCCAAAGUAUACAGAUUAUAAAGAUUCAUUGACUGGCUGUAGAUUCCAAGGUUUUACCAUUUUUAAGUCUAACAGCACUCCACUACAUAUAUAAUUCGCCAUCCACAUUUAUAAUAAGCUUAUUGUAGUUCGGUUCCCGUCCGAUAAUGUACCGAGCAAGUAAAGAAACAUGGCUAAAUUACGACUGAUCUCAACAAUACCUCUUCUGCUGUGCAUUGCAGUAAAUCAAGCUCUACCAUUGGAAUACUACGAAUGUACUCACUGCACAACUGGCUAUGAAUUAGAAACAACAACUUCUAAGGUUCCUGAGAAAUUGACUAACGCUACACGCUCUGUUCCUGACCCCAAUCGGCCCCCGCAGCCUUCCGACUGGCCCCCGCCACCCACUCGGCCACCGCAGCCACCCGCUCGGCCCCCGCAGCAAGCCGAUCUGUCCCCACAGCAGCCCGACAAGCCCCCACAGCAAACUGAUCCGCACACGCUGACAUCCAAUCAGUCCCCGCAACAACCUGUUCAGCAGCCGCAGCAACCCGCUCGGGCCAUGCAGCCACCCGCUCGGCCCCCGCAGCAACCCGAUCAGCCCCCGCAGCCAUCCAACUGGCCCCCAAAGCAACCCAAUCUACCCCCACAACAAUCCGUUCAGCCGCCUCAGCGACCCGCUCAGCCACCACAGCCAUCUGACUGGCCCCCACAGCAACGCGAUUGGCCUGCGCAGCAACCCGAUCCGCGCCCGCAACAAUCCGUUCAGCCGCCGCAGCAACCCGAUCGGGCCCCGCAACCCGAUUCGCGCCCGCAACAAUCCGUUCAGCCGCCGCAGCAACCCAAUCGGGCCCCGCAGCCACACGUUCGGCCCCCGGAGCAACCCAAUCGGCCCCCGCAACAGCCCGAUAAGCCCCCACAGCAAACCGAUCCGCGCCCGCAGACACCCAAUCUACCCCCACAACAAUCCGUUCAGCCGUCUCAGCGACCCGCUCAGCCACCACAGCCAUCUGACUGGCCCCCACAGCAACGCGAUUGGCCUGCGCAGCAACUUGAUACGCGCCUGCAGACACCCAAUCAACAAAAAUCCGUUCAGCCUCCGCAGCAAUACGCUCAGCUCCCGCAGUUAUCCGACUGGCCCCCGCAGCAACCCGCUUGGCCCCCGCAGCAUUCCGAUCUGCCCCCGCAGCCAUCCAACUGCCCCCCACAGCAACGCGAUUGGCCUGCGCAGCAACUCAAUCCGCGCCCGCAACAAUCCGUUCAGCCGCCGCAGCAAUCCGAUCGGGCCCCGCAGCUUCACGUUCGGCCCCCGCAGCAACCCGAUCGGCCCCCGCAACAGCCCGAUAAGCCCCCACAGCAAACCGAUCCGCGCCCGCUGACACCCAAUCUACCUCCACAACAAUCCGUUCAGCCACCUCAGCGACCCGCUCAGCCACCACAGCCAUCUGACUGGCCCCCACAGCAACGCGAUUGGCCUGCGCAGCAACUUGAUACGCGCCUGCAGACACCCAAUCAGCAACAAUUCGUUCAGCCUCCGCAGCAUCACGCUCGGCCCCCACAGCAAACCGAUCCGCUGACACCCAAUCUACCCCCACAACAAUCCAUUCAGCCGCCUCAGCGACCCGCUCAGCCACCACAGCCAUCUGACUGGCCCCCACAGCAACGCGAUUGGCCUGCGCAGCAACUUGAUACGCGCCUGCAGACACCCAAUCAGCAACAAUUCGUUCAGCCGCCGCAGCAACACGCUCAGCUCCCGCAGUUAUCCGACUGGCCCCCGCAGCAACCCGCUUGGCCCCCGCAGCAAUCCGAACUGCCCCCGCAGCCAUCCAACUGGCCCCCAAAGCAACCCGAUCAGCCCCCACAACAAUCCGCCCAGCCCCCGCAGCCAUCCAACUGGCCCCCACAGCAACGCGAUUGGCCUGCGCAGCAACCCGAUCCGCGCCCGCAACAAUCCGUUCAGCCGCCGCAGCAACCCGAUCGGGCCCCGCAGCAACCCGAUCGGCCCCCGCAACCCGAUCGGCCCCCGCAACCCGAUCGGCCCCCGCAACCCGAUCGGACCCCGCAACCCGAUCGGCCCCCGCAACCCAAUUGGCCCCCGCAACCCGAUCGGCCCCCGCAACCCGAUCCGCGCCCGCAACAAUCCGUUCAGCCGCCGCAGCAACCCGAUCGGCCCCCGCAACCCGAUCGUCCCCCGCAACCCGAUCGGCCCCCGCAACCCGAUCGGCCCCCGCAACCCGAUCCGCGCCCGCAACAAUCCGUUCAGCCGCCGCAGCAACCCGAUCGGCCCCCGCAACCCGAUAGGCCCCCGCAACCCGAUCGACCCCCGCAACCCGAUCGGCCCCCGCAACCCGAUCGGCCCCCGCAACCCGAUCCGCGCCCGCAACAAUCCGUUCAGCCGCCGCAGCAACCCGAUCGGGCCCCGCAGCAACCCGAUCGGCCCCCGCAACCCGAUAGGCCCCCGCAACCCGAUCGGCCCCCGCAACCCGAUCGGCCCCCGCAACCCGAUCGGCCCCCGCAACCCGAUCCGCGCCCGCAACAAUCCGUUCAGCCGCCGCAGCAACCCGAUCGGGCCCCGCAGCAACCCGAUCGGCCCCCGCAACCCGAUCGGCCCCCGCAACAGCCCGAUAAGCCCCCACAGCAAACCGAUCCGCACCCGCUGACACCCAAUCUACCCCCACAACAAUCCGUUCAGCCACCUCAGCGACCCGCUCAGCCACCACAGCCAUCUGACUGGCCCCCACAGCAACGCGAUUGGCCUGCGCAGCAACUCUAUACGCGCCUGCAGACACCCAAUCAGCAACAAUUCGUUCAGCCCCCGCAGCCACACGCUCGGCCCCUGCAGCAACCCGAUCGGCCCCCGCAACAGCCCGAUAAGCCCCCACAGCAAACCGAUCCGCGCCCGCUGACACCCAAUCUACCCCCACAACAAUCCGUUCAGCCGCCUCAGCGACCCGCUCAGCCACCACAGCCAUCUGACUGGCCCCCACAGCAACGCGAUUGGCCUGCGCAGCAACUUGAUACGCGCCUGCAGACACCCAAUCAGCAACAAUUCGUUCAGCCCCCGCAGCCAUCCAACUGGCCCCCACAGCAACGCGAUUGGCCUGCGCAGCAACCCGAUCCGCGCCCGCAACAAUCCGUUCAGCCGCCGCAACAACCCGAUCGGGCCCCGCAACAGCCCGAUAAGCCCCCCCAGAAAACCAAUCCGCACCCGCUGACACCCAAUCUACCCUCGCAGCAAUCCGUUCAGCCGCCGCAGCGACCCGCUCAGCCACCGCAGCCAUCCGACUGGCCCCCAAAGCAACCCGCUUGGGCCCCGCAGCAACCCGAUCGUCCCCCGCAGCAACCCGAUUGGCACCCGCAGCAAUCCAAUAAUCCUCCGCAGCAGCCAAAGCAGCUCCCGCAGCAACUUUAUGAAAUAUUGGGCAUUUAUGGAAUAUGGUUCCCAAAUUUAUCGAUGUCAAUUAAUAAAAGUUAAGGAUUUCUAUAAAAUUUAAAUUAAAAAUCUCCUAAGUUGGGACUAUUUUUCGUCAAAUUAGGACCGUGUUGCGAAAUAUUUUUUUUAAAUUUUUAUAUAACUAUUUUCCGCUGAACUGUAGUGGAAGUUAUUGGCAAUGAAAGCAAUAAUCUGAUCCACCUUAUAUUAUACUAGCGGACGCCCGCGACUUCGUCCGCGUAAAAAUUUAUGUAAACUUCUCUACCCUACCCUACCCCUACCUUACUCCUACCCUACCGCUAACGCUAACCCUACCCUCCCCCCACCUUAACCCUA